GAUAGAAAGUUGAAAAGUUCCGAGUGUCACUUGUGUUUCAGGUUUAAACGCGCGCUCGGCGCGACACUUCCGGUUGAACACUCCUCAUCUGACAGUCCGAAAUGUUGUAGGUACACAACUCACAGCUGUGAUCCAAAAUUGCGCACGGUCAUCAACGCGGGAUGCUGCCAACGAGCACGCGUAUUCGCAGAUAAAUCCGAUGUGUCGACAGGCCUGAAACUCCGCUGCCGAAAGCCGAAGGUUUCUCCUCUUCUCGCGCGAUCGCAAUAGACAACCUCGCAUUAACCUGUACAUAACUGAUCAUCGAUAGGCUCUGACCUCCUUCGCUACUCGAAGAGAGAGCAUUCGACUAGCAGUCUUUUCUGCGUACAGACCAUGCUACGGCCAGCCUUUUAAACAAAAAAUAUAUAUAUAUAUAUACAUCGACACUCGACGCUAUGUCAAACAGGAGCAAAGUUUUGGUCAGUGCUGGAGUAAUAUGGGGUGUAAUUCUUUGCUGUCUAUUAUACAGCCGCAAGUUGAGACCCAUGGCAUUGUUAAAUUUUAUUCCUGCUAUCUUACAUCGCAAUCAAAAAAUGGAGAAUGAGGAUGAACAAAAACAAAAACAUAAUGUUAACAAGGCUAGUACAUCAAUAGACUGUGAUACUAAUGUACAUAAAACUGCACAAAAUGAAGCGCAAGAUAGGCAACCAACUCCAAAUUUCAUGAUGGGUGGAUUGACAGCAGCGUCACCACCAAAAUUCGUGUCCUUCGAUGAAAUUAUAAAAGCUGCCAAUGGAAUGAAAAAUAUGGCCUUAGCGCACGAAAUCGCAGUAGACAAAAAUUUCCAACUGCAGAAACUGGAGCCAGAAGAUGGUAGUUUUCAUAGGCGAGUAAAAGAAAUAAUGCAUAAAGCUUUUUGGAAUCUGUUAACGGAGCAGUUGGCCGAAGAUCCACCAGAUUAUUCGCACGCACUGGUUUUAUUGAAAGAAAUUAAAGAAUCACUCGAUGAGUUGGUACCACCGCAGAAUUCGAGAAUCAAAGAUAAUAUUAAAGAAGUGCUCGAUCUAGAUCUAAUCAAGCAACAAGCGGAAAAGGGCGUUUUAGAUUUUCAUCAUUAUGCCCAAUAUAUAAUCUCUAUAAUGAGCAAGAUAUGUGCGCCGGUCAGAGAUGAGAAAAUCAGAGAGCUUACACAACAGACGGACAUUAUUGAGACGUUCAAAGGUGUUAUGGAAUUGUUGCAAUUGAUGAGAUUGGACUUAGCAAAUUUUACCAUUACUAUGAUGAGACCAAACAUCAUCGCCUCCAGCAUUGAGUAUGAGAAGGCAAAGUUUGCCGAAUUUUUAAAAAUCAAUUCGAACGGUUUACAAUACACAGAAAAAUGGUUAUUGAAGCAUUUCGAUGCGGAGAAGAUUACAGGCUCGUCGACCUCUGGUACCGGUAACAUAAGACAACUUACUCAUUCACUGGUGACCGAGGCAUACCUUGAUCUUCUAGAAUGGGAUUUCAGUCCAGACGCUGAAACAUUGAUGUUGGACCAAGGAAGGCUGUUGGAAUUGCGCGACAUAACUAGUAGAUUGAGUGUCGUCGGCGCUGUGAUAUUGUUGGUCAAUAAUACGAUUGGCGCACCAAUUCACGGAAUUUCAAGCUUUAAGAAGAAUAUUAAGGAGCAUCUGAAUGUAUUAUUGGAUUCUGUACAUUCUAACAAAGACUUGGAGGCUGCAAUGCCGAAUAUUGUGCUGCAAGUAAAAACUGAUGUCAAAACGACAUUACAGGAGAUCAAUGCUCCUGACUUGUCCUCGGAGCUGGAAACAUUAUUGGAAGGUCAGAUAACUGACCUGAUAGAUACGAAACAUAAGAUCAGAUAUCUCGUCAGCUUGCGAAUUAGACAAUUUUUGCAGAAGAUCAUAUCCUCGCAGUCUAUUGCGCCCCAACAAGUACCACCAGGUCUCUCCUCACUGCAAGAGGAACUAACAGCGAUCGCUGCUCGAUUCGUUAUACUUGUUGCGCAUAAUCGAAGCGUAUUUGGAGAGUAUUAUCAAGACAUUGUUGCAAACGCGCUUGCAAGAAGCGACGUUGACAAUAACAAAGAGAUACACGAAGCACAUACUAUGGAAUUGUAAAAAAAAAAAAAUAGAAAAAUGGGUUUAGAUAUGUAUUGUUAA